AUGACACAAGACACACGCAGCGACGACACCGUCCUCAACGAAACUCAACACUUAUCAAAAUGGCGCAUCAGCUCUCCGUACUUCCAAACCGUUCUCGUCGGGAUCGUUCUGUUCCUCAACCCAGGAACCUACCUCGCCAUCACUGGUCUUGGUGCCGGUGGGAAGAAGCCCGAGCUGAUUGGGAUCGUUAACAAUGCGAACGUCAUACUGUAUACACUCUUUGGAGCUUCAGCAGUCGUUGGCGGCAGUGUCAUCAACAAAAUUGGUCCUCGCUAUUCCCUCAUGCUUGGUGUUACUGGGUACCCAAUGUACUGCGGUUCUCUCUGGUGGAUAGAUAAGGGCCAAGGAACGUGGUUCGUCCUGUUUGGCGGCGCAUGGCUCGGAAUGUCUGCCGGUAUUCUUUGGGCGACACAAGGUUACAUCUGCACAUGCUAUCCGAUGGAGUCGGAAAAGGGGCGAUACAUCGCAACAACGUGGGUUCUCAACGCUUCAGGCUCUGUCGUUGGAUCAGCUGUCGUUCUCGCAAUCACGAUUUCCAACACAUCAUCUUCGGGGGUCCCGCCGGCUGUUUACUUGACCUUCAUCUGCCUCGAGUGUGCGGGUCUUUUUGUCGCCGCUCUGCUGAUGGACCCCAGCAAGAUCCGACGAAACGAUGGCCGCCCGAUUGCUUCCUUUGGCGAUACCAUAUUCUGGUAUCAAGAGCUAAAAAGCCUACUCGCCACUCUCAUGGAGCCGAGGAUGAGGCUGAUUACUUUGGCCAUCUUCAGCAGCGAGAUGUAUCUUUCCAUGACAGGAUCCUUCAACUCGUUCUACUUCAACUCCAGGACAAGAUCUUUGGCAAACCUUUGCUACUGGAUAUUCCAAGUAUUGGGAGCGCUCGCCAUUGCUUGGAGCUGCGACGCCAGCAUUCUUGGAUCCCGACGUCGCCGCGCAUUCGUUUCGGGCGGUUUUGUUGCUGUCGUCUUGGGCGGAACUUGGAUUGCAAUGCUGGCAUUCUUAUCCUCUAAGAACCUUGAUCGCUUUGGCUCUGGACCGAUCACAGGCGUAGAUUUUACCGACGGGUCCAAAUUUGUUGGCCCUUUCGUCAUCUACAUGUUCUUUGGAGCCUGCUAUCCCAUCUACCAGAACUUUCAUCACUGGGUGUACAGCACUUUCACCAACGAACCUCGUACGCUCGGCCGGUACAGCGGAUAUUUCAAGGGAAUCCAAGCAUGGGGUUCCGCCGUCGCUUUCGGUAUCGAUUCCCAUUACGUUCCAUUUCUUCAUCAGGCGAUUGUUUACACUUGCCUUAUGCUAGUAGGACUGGUGUUGUCUAUGAUUAGUGUUUAUGGAAACACAACCAACACUCGAUACGGCCAGGAGAAAGGAGUUGUUGUUCCAGAAGCAUUUGACAGAGUCAUUGAGGGGGUUCCAGAAGAGACCAUUGGCGACAAUAGGAGUUCUAACAUGAAAGUCAGAGACAAGAUGGACGACGACAAGAUGGACGACGACAAGAUGGACGACGACAAGAUGGACGACGACAAGAUGGACAACGACAAGAGGGAUAAGGUCGAGAAGAUCAAGAAUAUUGAGAACAGAUCGAAGAACAUCGAAGGCUAG